AUGGUGGACCUAUCUCCCGGCUAUGUGGUUUCACUGACGGACGGUCGGCGGGCCACCGUCCGGUUUGCUGGGGCGACGCAUUUCGCCGCGGGCGACUGGGUAGGUAUUGAAUUGGAUGAGCCGACAGGGAAGAACGAUGGCUCCGUUCAGGGAGAACGAUACUUUGACUGUGAACCGGGAUUUGGCAUGUUUAUCCGGCCGUCUGCGGUCGCUUCGAUUGUCGAACAGCCCGCGCGUGCCAGCAAACCGGCGGGUAAAGCCCCCGGUGCUGUUCCACCUGGCACCAGAGGUCGCGCGCAAAGCGGCAUCGUCUCAGGUAGCACGGGGAUGAAAAAAACCAGUGCUCUGUCCACUGCAAAUACCAAGAGGCAUAGUGCGAGCUCUGCUAGCCCAAGCCCGGUUCCCAAGACCGCGGCGUCUCGACUGUCAAUGAAGUCCCCUACUAAAUCACCGACAAAGCAGCUGUCGGGCGCCUCCACGCCUAUGUCCAGCCGUUCGUCUCUUACUGGCACUCCGCGCCCAUCUGCCGCCCCCGCCAAACCCCGAACCUCCAUCAGUACCAAGUCGUCCAUGGGCCCGCCGCCCGCUCCCUCAGCCGCAGGCCGCACCGCUCGACCUUCGCUAUCUGGACCCGCGGGGAGGACAAACAGAUCAAGCCUGGGUGCUGCUCCGUCGUCGACGGGUGCCUCGAGGCGCCCCGCUUUACGGCCCACGGCCCCCAAUAAGCCCGAGGAGGCAGAUGGUGGCGGAACCCCACAGUCUGAUGACCUUGAGAGUGCUUCUCCAAGAGGAGAUGAUAUGGCCGAUGAUGCGGACUCGAUGUCUAAGCCGGCCAAGCCAGCCCAAAGCUCUUCGCGACCCGGCGCCUCUCGCCCGAGCGGCCAGCCGUCUACAUUCCAACGACAGAGUCAAAGUGCUGCCCUCAAGACGCUGGAAACGUUGCAGUCUGAACGGGAUAAGUUUGAAAGCAUCAUCCAUAAGCUGCAGAACAAAUACCAGCCUCAGCAGGCGGAGAUUGGUGACUUACGCAAGAAGCUGAAAGAAUCGGAAGCUAGGCUUGAAGAAAUGGCCACGCUCGAUCGCGAAAUGGCCGAAGAGACCGCGGAUGCCAUGAGGCAUGAAUGUGAGACCUUGCGAUUGAAGGUCGAAGAGAUGCAACUGGAGGUGGAAGUCCUGCGCGAGGAGAAUGAAGAACUUGGCCAAGUCAUGAGUCCCGAGGAGAAGUCUAGCCAAGGCUGGCUGCAGAUGGAGAAGACCAACGAACGUCUUCGCGAGGCGCUGAUACGUCUUCGUGAUAUGACCCAUGUCAAGUCUCAGUACGAAGCCACAAAAGAGAAACUGCUCGUGUCGGAUGAAAACGUCGAAAAUCUCAAACAGCAGCUAGAGACCGCACUGGGUGCCGAAGAAAUGAUCGAGGAGCUUGCGGACAAAAAUCUGCGAUACCAGGAACAGAUCAACGAACUCAACGCUGCUAUUGAGGACCUGGAGGAUCUGAAAGAGAUCAACGACGAGCUGGAGAACAGCCACCACAGGGAAAGCGUUUACAACGAGCAAACCCGGAAAAUCACCCAGCAGGAUGAGGUUAUUGACGAUCUGGAAUACACGCUGGUUCACCUGGAAGACAUGCGAGCGUCCCAGCAGAUCUCCGAAGCGGAGGCCACCGAUCUCACGACGCGCUCUCGAGCCAUGAUGGACCUCAACCUGAAACUCCAGGGUUCUGUCUCGAAAGCACAGACAAGGACCAUCGAUGUCGAACUCGGUCGUAUGGAUUUCGAAGAGGCAACGAAGCAUUUGGAAAUCCUGAAACUAUAUCUUCCGGAUUACUACGAGAGCGAGAAGUACUCCGUCCUGGCGCUGCUGCGUUUCAAACGCAAGAUCACCGACCAGUCGUCUGUUUCUACCGCACUUGAGGAUAUAUAUGUUGCCUACGAUCUCGUCGAGAAAUUGUCAUGGAUAUCCGUUCUUUGCGAGCGGUUCGAGUCCUACAUCAAUACUUGCUCGGCCGAAAACUUUUCUGAAAUCAAGGCGACAUUUUUUGAGCUAGAGCCAGUGGAGCGCACGCUGAAUUUUUGGAUGGAGGGGUUGAAAAAGAACGAAGUGAACAUGAGGAAAUGGACCACCGAAUUGUCAAGAUCCAUCGCUCUCUUGUCCCAUCUCGCCGAGACUGUCCUCCCGACCUCCCUGGAGACGUUCGCCGAUGAACUUUGCAUGCGCUCAAUGCUAACACAACUAUACAUCGACAACUGUGCGUCGUCAAUGGCACGGCUCAAAUCGUUGCUGCAGUCCAAAAUGAGCGUCCCAGAAGGAGGGGAAGAAGAAACCAAUUACUUCCUGGGCAAGAUAGACGGCUUUGUUUCUCAGACUCGUGGCUUGAAAGUUGCGAUGGGGAAGAUCUAUCGGUCGUUGGAUGAACUACGGUCGAGAUCUCUAGCGCUCUCGCACGAUGUAUCGGGCCCAUUCAAGGCUACUUCGGAAGCUGCCCAAGAAUUGUCCGCUGUAAGCCGACACAUCGGAGAGAGCAUCGUGGCGCUGAUCAGCGACGAAAGCCGCACGGAGCCGCUUACUCUCGAGGAAGCCUUGACGAAUAUGAUGGCGCAGCUGUCAUCACUGUACUCCCAGUCUUCCGAUUCAGGCACCGAAAACAACGACGCCAUUGCCUUCAUGACCAACAAGCUACGUGCCCUAGGCGGCCACCUCGAGGAGCUAGACUCAAUCUCGUCCGACCUGUCUAUCACAUCGGAAUUCGAGAGACGGCCAUCCCCGUGGGUCGCGCGUGCCGCAGAACUGCGAUCGAACAAGAUUGUCCCUCCCGACACGGACGAAGAAAUCCGACACAUGAAGAACGAAAUCCACGAAGCUUUCACCGCUCUGGGCGUCAAAGACAAGAUCAUCGAGGAGCAGCACAUCAAAGUCGAGCUGGUCGAGUCGCGCAUGCGCGAAGCCAAAGAAAAAGCAGCGAUGGUCAAGGACCUGGAGAGCAAGAUCGAGUCGAUGCAGGAGAAACAGGCACGCCUAGAAGGGCUCGUCGAGAAGCAACGCAAAGACCUCCAGAGCAUGGAAACCGAGCGCGAAGAGAUGAAAUCCCGACUCAACCAGAUCAAGCGCGCGUCUGGAACAACAGGCGUCACCACCACAGACGGCAUGGUCAUCGACACAGGCGCGUCGCUAGCAACCAUGCGCGAGAACGAGACCCUCCGCUCAGAAGUCGAAAGCCUACAGGCCGCCGUGCGCUUCCUGCGCGAAGAGAACCGCCGCUCCAACAUGCUCGACCCCUUCUCCGUCCAGCGCUCCGCAGACAUGCACUCCUGGCUCGACAUGCCCCUCACCCAGUCCGCCGCCGCCACCAACACCAAGACCCACCAGACCGCGUCCGAAAGCCGAGAUGUCUUCGCGCACCUCCUCAAGUUAACCCGGGACUCAGACCCCUGCGACCUCAAGACCACCCUGUCGCCCGACAGCACAACCCCGCGCACCGCCUGGCGGCCAUCCAAGACCAAGCUCCGGUACCAGGUGCUCCAACAGCGCGAAGACCUCGCACGCUGGACCGAAUGGCGCGACGACAUGGUCAGCUACGAACGCGAACAAGACCGCCUAGCAGCCGCAAAGCGAGACCGGCUCUCCCACGACCGCGUCCGCAGACACGCGCCCAAGCUCUCCCUCUUCGGUGGCUUUCCUCAGGGUCUCGGGCAUGGCAUGAUGGGCCGCGCUUGGGAGAUUCUAGGCAUGCAGCAGCAUCCGCGGAAGGUGGCUGAGAAACCGGUGGAUCCGGCUAUUGUGCAGUCGGAUGCGUCUCAGACGUGGUGA